GUUUUCUGUCUUUUUGAUCCUUCAAUACUGCAUACGCUAUAGCAAGCAGUGACAUUUGAUUAUGCGUAAAUGUGAAAUGUUGGAAUGAACACGGACAGCUGUGGGUGUUGCGGAGUAACGCCCCAGUCCCUCCUGUCGGACAAGCCUUCGUUCUGCUGUUUCCUGUUGCAGCUUUUCCUCCACAGUCUCACCAUGGCGGCCACUGAGAUAUCCAGGCAAGCGGGGGAGGGCGCGCGUUCUGUUCCACUCUCAGGCCACGUUGGCUUUGACAGCAUGCCGGACCAGCUGGUCAACAAAUCUGUGAACCACGGCUUCUGCUUCAACAUCCUCUGUGUUGGCGAGACGGGCCUGGGUAAGUCCACCCUCAUGGACACCCUGUUUAACACCAAGUUCGAGGGCGAGCCAAUGCAGCACAGUCAGCCUGGCGUGCAGCUGCGUUCCAGCACCUACGAGCUACAAGAGAGCAACGUGCGUCUCAAACUCACCAUCGUCAACACGAUUGGCUUUGGAGACCAGAUCAAUAAGGAGGACAGUUACAAGCCGAUCGUGGAGUUCAUCGACACUCAGUUUGAGGCCUACCUGCAGGAGGAGCUGAAGAUCAAACGCACGCUGCACAGCUACCACGACUCGCGCGUCCACGCCUGCCUGUACUUCAUUGCCCCCACCGGACACUCUCUCAAGUCCCUCGACCUGGUGACCAUGAAGAAACUGGACAGCAAGGUGAAUAUCAUUCCCAUCAUAGCCAAGUCAGAUGCCAUCUCAAAGAGUGAACUCGCCAAGUUCAAGAUCAAGAUCACCAGUGAGCUGGUUAGCAACGGAGUUCAGAUCUACCAGUUCCCCACGGACGACGAGACGGUGGCUGAGAUCAACUCUAACAUGAAUGGCCAUUUGCCGUUUGCGGUGGUGGGAAGCACAGAGGAAGUGAAAAUCGGGAACAAGAUGGUCAAAGCGCGCCAGUACCCCUGGGGAACCGUGCAGGUGGAGAACGAGAACCACUGCGACUUUGUGAAGCUGCGUGAGAUGUUGAUCCGCGUUAACAUGGAGGACCUCCGGGAGCAGACCCACACGCGCCACUAUGAGCUGUACCGCCGCUGCAAGCUCGAGGAGAUGGGCUUCAAGGACACGGACCCGGACAGCAAGCCGUUCAGUCUGCAGGAGACGUACGAGGCCAAGAGGAACGAGUUCAUGGGGGAGCUACAGAAGAAAGAGGAGGAGAUGAGGCAGAUGUUUGUCCAGAGAGUCAAGGAGAAAGAGGCCGAGCUGAAGGAGGCCGAGAAGGAGCUGCACGAGAAAUUUGACCGUCUGAAGAAACUGCACCAGGAGGAGAAGAAGAAGCUGGAGGAUAAGAAGAAGGCGCUAGAUGAUGAACUCAACAUCUUCAAGCAGAAGAAAACGGCAGCUGAGCUGCUGCAGUCCCAGGCACAGCAGGCAGGGGGCUCCACCACGCUUAAGAGGGACAAAGAGAGGAAAAAUAAACCCUGGCUCUGCACUGAGUAGCUCUUCACCUCUCAGCUUUGCUAAGGGACCCACCCAUGACUUUUUGGUUAACCCGGGACCCCAAGGCCGUGGGGAGACACCGUGGAUCCCAGACUGCGGGGCUUCAGUAGAUCAGCUCCCUGGCUUUGUUAGAAGGCUACGUUCUUUGGUUUAGUACAGCAACCUCUGCUAAUGCUUAGUGUGUUACUAAAUCGGGCCCCUUACCUGUCCUUACGCUGAGUGCGCUCUGUGGCGCUGGGUGAUUAAUGUUUAACAUGUUUUGCAUCUUCGGCGAGAUGAUGUGCACGAAAACGUAUUCUGAACAGCAGUGUCUUUGUAUGAAAAACAUUUUUGCAUCAGUUAUUUUUAGAUGACUUGCACCGGUGUGAGAGAAUAUAAUUUUUCUUUUUUCUUUUUUUUAACAAAGAUUUGAAUUUGGUGGCACUACCAGCUAGACUGGAAGUUCAUUUCAUUUUGUUUUAACUAAAGGCACAUACCGUUAACCAUCACACAUCACUCUAACAGGUCUGGAGUGCUCAUAUGCAAGUUUCAGGUGCACAUGGACCGUUAGGGUGACAACACUUCAACGAUGCUCGUCAACACAGUGCUGUUUCAGUGUGGGCUGUGUGUGUCCGUGCACAUAGGCGCUAAUGUUUAACUCUUUAAUCACAGGAUUUCUCAUUGGUCUGUGUAAGCCUUGCUCUCCCGUGGUAGCUGUACGUCUGGCUGCUUGACUCUCUCUAACUGGCGUUUGUGUCCCCUUCUCUCUAUAGCUUCUUUUAAAUCUCUCUUGGCCGUCCAUCAGAAGAGGGGACUGCAGCUUCCACAGGAACUAAGCACCCAUUUCCUCUUCCUGUCUCUCAUUCUGCCAGCCCCCCUGUUUUACUUUUUUUUUUUUUUUUUUUUUUUUUUUUUUGGCCUUAUUUUGAAAGUUUCAGACUUCCACGCUGUCUGCUCAGUCAAACAUGGCCUUAUGUGGGCUUUACGUGGUAUUUUUUGCAAGAGGCAUAAGCUCUCUCUCCUCAUUUCAGCAUGCCAGCAGCCCCACACUAAUACUUUUUACAGACUCUGUGAAGUUACCAGAACCAAAGUUCUGAUUGUAAAAUAAAGCAUGAAGACAUAAAGGACAUUUUAAUUCUUUGUUGUGUACUUAUAUUGCCUUGCAAAUUUUGAUUUCAUUUUGGCCCCAGUCUUUUCCAUUUACAUCAGAAACAAACCAAUCUGGACUUCUCUUGUGAGAAUUUGCAUUUGUGAUUAAAAAUGAUAUGUUCUCACAAACCAAACCCCACAAAUGUGCAGAAUAUGUAGAUAUAACUAAAUAUGUUUAUUUACUACACACUAUGUGUUUAAACAUAAAUCAAAAAUUUAUUGAUAGAAGUUGAGUACAAAUCAGGUUUUCUACAACUUGAAAAUGUUUUGACUCUCUGGCUGUGAAAUAUAAAGACAACCCAAAGAAAACCAGCAUGAUCCUAUUUAGUUUUCAACUAAUAUACAUGACUGACUGAUUUAUUUUGGAUUAUUUCUUUCUUUAUCCUUAAACCCGGUUAAUCUGAAUGCUGUUUAAGACUGGCAAUUAAGACGGAGUUCUUUUAACAAAGGGAUUCCGCAUCCUGUCUCCUAAUUUAUGAAUCAUUUAAACUCCACGUAGGUCCAGUUCAGUCCCCUCCUUUUGUUUCACACGUUAUCCUUUGCCAGUCUAAUGCAUCUUUUGCAUGAUUGCUCACACUUUUAUUUUAAAAAUAUGAAUUUCAAAACCUCUUUCAACGUCUCAAUGCUUUCUGUAUUGGCUCAUUUUCCUCUUGCAUAUUUAUUCCAGGUACGUUGGCAUUUAAAUUUGCUUCAAACAUUCAGCAAAUUUAGCCAAAAAUUACAUUUAAAUAGAUAUAGUUUUGGCGGUUUUGCUUUAAAUGAUUCAGACGGCAGAUACAGAUAUCCAUCCGUAUAUAUAACCUAUAAUUUAUAAGGAUCUAUUUUGUGUAUUGAAGUAGAGAUGUGAUUUAAAGAUAAUACAUUGCGAUGUGAUGGUUUUCGCGUGUACGUCUUUCUGGGUGCCAAUGCCAUAGGCUACAUUUUCUAGCAUCUUCCAUAGUCACCCUUCCUGUUUAGUUGCCCCAGCGCCUGUCAAGAUACGACGUUGUGAAAUAUUUAAUUGUAGUAUGAUUUCACUGGUGUACAUUUUCAAUAAAACUUCAGUAAAUAA